CUUGUAAAUAUCCUUCUCUUUCCAUACUUUUUUUGUAAUUGAUAAUAUUCAAAUAAUGAAUUUUUCAACUAUUCUUAAAUUGGCUUACGUAUUGGUUUUUGCUUCGGCUUUGCAUCUUCCAAACAUUGAUAAAAGGUCAAACUCAACAACUAGUCCUUUUAGUGUUGGAUUUUCUUUGAAAAGAGGGUCCAAUCAUCAACUGAUUAGUACUGAGACUGGUGCUAAGGCUAAAUUGGUUUUCAAUCAUGGUGUAACUAAAAAGGAUGGAACUGCUUCAGUUACUAUUGAAAACGAAAAAACUUUUUAUUUGGUAGAUGUUGAAGUUGGUUCGAAUAAAGAUAAAAAUCAAGUUCUCAUUGAUACUGGUUCCUCUGAUUUAUGGGUGGUUGCUUCUGACGCUAAUUGUCAAGGUGUUGACUGUAAAAAUUAUGGUACUUUUGAUGAAUCUUCUUCUUCUUCUUAUAAAGAUUUGAAUGAAAAUUUCAAAAUUUCUUAUGGUGAUGGUAGUGGUGCUAGUGGUAAUUGGGCUACUGAUGAUGUUACCGUUGGUGAUGUUGAAGUUAGUGCUUUGCAAUUUGCUGUUGCUACUCAAUCAAGUUCUGAUAUUGGUGUUUUAGGUAUUGCUACUAAAAAUGUAGAAUCUUCUGAUUCUUCUUAUAAUAAUCUUCCUUAUGCUUUACAAAAGCAAGGUAAAAUUGAUAAAGUUGCUUAUUCUUUAUACUUAAAUUCCAAAUCUGCUGCUUCUGGUACUUUAUUAUUUGGUGGUAUUGAUCAUGCUAAAUACUCUGGUUCUUUAGUCAAAUUCCCUUAUUCUGGUUAUGGUUUCAACAUUCAAUUAAAUUCAAUUGACUAUAAUGGUGAUUCAAACUCUUUCAAUGAUAAAGUUUUAUUAGAUUCUGGUACUACUUUGACCUAUUUACCUCAAGAUAUCGUUGAUUCCAUUGGUAAAGCUUUAAAUGGUUCUUGGGAUAGUUCUGCCGGUAUCUAUACCAUUGACUGUGAUCAACCAGAUGAUAAAUACAUCGAAUAUAAAUUCAAUGGAUUAACAAUUAAAGUUCCUUUAAGUGAUUUGGUCUUCGACUUUGAUUCUUCCUCCUCUUGUGCUUUGGGUUAUAUCGCCACAAGUAACACCUACAUCUUGGGGGAUAACUUUUUGAGAAAUGCUUAUGUUUACUACGAUCUCGAUGAUACCUCCAUUUCUUUGGCCCAAGUUGUCUUCACCGAUAGUACCGAUAUCGAAACCUUUAUUAACAAAAUGUCCCAUCAAUACCACUUUAACGUUCAAAUGUCCUGUUCUGGAUGCUCAGGUGCUGUCAACAGAGUCUUGACUAAGUUAGAUGGAGUUUCAGACAUCAAGAUCUCUUUGGAAGACCAAACUGUUGACGUUACCACUAGCGAUUCUCUUGAUUAUGAUACUGUUUAUAAUACCAUUUCUAAAACUGGUAAGAAGGUAAUUGAUGGUAAGGUUGUUCAAUAGACUCUUAAAACUACAUAUAUUGCCAAAAAUGAUUCAUCUAUUCAUCUAUACUACGGAUUUCCACUAUUUCUCUUAUAUAAUUAUCUCUUAAAUCACUUUUAAUGAAUACACUUUC